AUGUCAACCGCGUACGACUAUAUCGUUGUCGGCGGGGGCCUGACAGGCUCGGUCGUCGCAAGUCGACUAAUACAACACGAUGCGAGCCUGAAGAUUGUUGUCAUUGAAGCCGGUGGAGAUACAUUGGACCGGGAGGAUAUCAUGAUGCAGGACAUGGGGAACUCUCUCCAUCUGAUAGGUGGGGAUUUGGAUUGGAAGAUUUUAUCGGUCCCCCAAAAGCACGCAGACGGCCGCACAUUGGUCUUACCUCAAGGAAAGGGGCUUGGAGGUGGAACGACUAUCAAUGGAGGCGGAUGGAUUCGUGGAGACAGAAUGGACUACGACGCGUGGGCCGCAGAAGUCGGCGACCAUAGAUGGAGUUACGAUGGACAGCUGCCAUUUAUGAAGAAGAGUGAGAAGCACACCAACGCCACCGUGAACCCUGAUCAGCACGGCUAUGAGGGCCCUGUUGUCAUCCAAACGCCAUCAUCAUCCGGACGGGCUUACCCGCUGCGGGAAAAGGUUUUAGAGUCAUGGUCUCAGCUUGGCGUCAAGGCGUUGCCUCAUCUUGAUGGCAAUGCAGGAAGUCAACUGGGUGUAGCAGAGGUGAAUGAGAACAGAAACCAAGGGAGACGUCAGGUAGCUGCAGCUGUUUACUCACUCGAUGGCGUAAUUGUCAUGACAGAAAGCCUGGUUGAAAAGGUGAUCCUGGAGAGGCAAGAGGACGGCUCAAUUGUCGCAGCAGGUGUAAAGCUUGCAGACGAGAGUGAACUGCGCAGCCAGCAGGUCAUUCUCGCCGCUGGCGCGUUGCGAACUCCACAAAUUCUUAUGCUCUCAGGAAUUGGCGCACCGGAGGAGUUGAGUAAUCAUUCCAUCCAGACACUCGUCGAGUCGCCCGAAGUAGGCAAAAACUUGGCAGAUCAUACCCUGCUAUUCACGGCCUGGAAAUUGAAGAACCCUGAUGACGGAUGGGCAGUUGGAUCCAAGAAUGCGCUAUUCACCCAACCUCAGUAUGCCUUGGGUUUGCCUAUGGACUUUGUGGUCACGACAGAUGUGCCCAAGGAGGGUCUCGCCGUUGCAAUUGAGGUCGACGAGGGCGUUAAGCCCGAUGCAUCAAGCCAUGCGUUAUUGAAACAAGCAAGACCAUUCUCAGAGUCAUUCAUGGUUUAUGCAGGGGCCCCUGACGGGUCAGCGGUCGCGAUAGGUGUCAUUGAUCUCCAUCCGACCACGCGUGGCGCGAUUACGCUCGACCCAUCGAACGUACGUGGCACGCCGCUGGUUGACACGAAUUACCUUGGGACCGAGGUUGACCGAUACGUUCAUCGGGAAAUGCUGCGUAAAGUCAUUGAUUUUGCCGCCAGCGACAAAACCACCAUAGGGAGAGAUAUCCUAGAAGGAGAGAUGGUCCCCCCAGGCGUAGAACCAUUGUCUGUCGGGAUUUCAGAUGCGGCCCUUGAUGGGAGGGCACGCUCCACCGUUGGUACUUCCUAUCAUUUCCAUGGAACCGCUGCUAUGGGCAAAGUUGUCGACACAGACUUAAAAGUCAAAGGUGUAAGGGGGCUUCGAGUUGUGGAUGCGUCAGUCAUUCCGGUGAACUUGGCCACGCACUUGCAGGUCCCUCUGUACGCUCUGGCAGAACAGGCAGCUGCAAUCAUAACUCAGGAGAGAGAUUCGGAUUCCUAA